CCCCAUUCUAGUACACUCUAGUUCCAAGAUGUCAGCGCUCAGCUUUUCUCUAUAGUCUGUAUAUUAACUCUACGGUUCUGGGGCACGCUUUUCUCGUCAAUUCAAUGCGCCCUUGGAGACGAAAAUGGAUCGACUGUCGUAGCUGGCUGGAGUCGCGGUCGUGCGCAUGUAAACAUUACGACGCUGUGCAUUCAUUCGACUGAUGUUGUCAGUGCACCUGUGCUUAACAGUUGAAGUUGAAAGGCUGAAAUCCGAUGAGCUAAGCAGCUGACACCGAGGUGUACGAGUUUCGGUGACGGACCUCUUCAGGCUUUCUCGGGGCCGUGGGAGUCGGACGUUUUCGGAAUCCACGGCAAGCCUGCUGCCGUUAUGAAGGUGGAGUUGGGUAGCGCUGCGGACAUACACUUUGCCGUGACCAGCCACAACAUCGAAGCCAUCGUCAGGCACGUCUCCUCGGGAGGCGACGUGAACGCCAAGCUACAAGGAGCGACGCCUCUUGGAGCCGCCCUGUGCAGGAAAGCAUGGGACACUGCGCGGAUUCUGCUGUCCCUCGGAGCUGACGUGAAUCAGUUCAGCCGAGACACUGUCGGCCGUGAGGAACCACCGCUGUGCAUUGUCUGCCGCCUGGGAAAUGUUGACAUAGCAAAGAUGCUCCUUCGAAACCCUAGCAUCCGCCUGUGCCGCCGGGACAUGUUCGGCAAGACGCCCCUCUGGCUUGCCACCAAGCACGGACGACGAGACCUCGUCUACCUCCUUCUCAUUCACAAUGCCAGCUUGCGUGGCACCACGUGCUUUGCCGACUGCCCCAUAUGGCUGUGUGCCCGGUAUGGCGCACGGCACGCCAUCGCCGACAUGCUUCUCGCCGCUGGAGCGCCUCACGGAUCUCGCGAUGGAGCGGGCAAGGACGACGUUGCUUGGGCGAUGGAGCGUGGGGACCGGAAGCUGCUCAAUGUAUUCCGGCUUGCAGGCUUAGGGUCUGACAAAGUGUCACCGCCAAGCCUGCAAUGGCUAGCCAGGCGCGCUUACUGGAUAGGCCAGGAGGGUAGGAGGGAACCUAAAGGCCGGGACUUGGAGAAAAUGCCCCGAAGAAUUAGAGAUUACGUGCUGCUGAAGGAUAUCUACACUCAAAGCAGUCACUGCUGACGUUGCGGGGCCAAAGAAAAUGGUGCUUGCGAAUUGUUUGACGGGCCAUACAUUUGAGGAUAGAAUUGCGCUUUUCACAGAUGAUCAGAUAGCCGUAAUAGCUGUAGCAACAACUUGGCAAAUGUGAUGAACAAGCCGAGACAAACGCUCACCUUGCAUUUAUUGUGUUAAUUAUACUGCAAUUGUUUUAGGUACAUCCUGGCUUCUGAGAAGAGGAGGAGGCUUAGCCGCGCUGUGUCUCUGUGAAACGUUUAUUGAGCACCAUGUGGUGAGAAGCAAGAGGAGGUCUGUGAAGAAACCUCCUGGUUUUCUGUUCUGGCUGGCUGAUGUAAACUGUCGUAGCUGCUGCUCAGGAGUAUUAGAUGUUAUUUACUCCUAAGGCCAAUAAGUUUGAGAUGAUUGUGCCACAGCGGCUGUGUGCUACCGCAUUUGCAUGUUGAGGAUUUACGUUUGGAAUGAUAUCUUGUUUAAAAAAUAUGAAAAAAGAACGACAUGGUAGGAAGCAGGGGACAAGAGCUGUACAUGGGCAAGAAUGCACCGGAGUGUGCAGAAAUUUGUGUAAGAAAUGAACAGAAAAGCUGGGACACAUGCACACUCUGAAAAACUACCUCUGCUUACACAGCUGGUCACUUCAAUUUCGUAAGCAAGUAUGAUCGGGACUUAGUUUCUAGAAACACAAAGUUCUAAAGAACAUAAUGUGUUAUGUAAACAAAGACCUACAACUCAGUGUGAUUGCUUUGCUUUAUUGCAGCUUGCUACACUUUAAACAACGUAACACUCAAUGAGUUGUCAAGGAUUUAGGGAAGGUGAAGAUGCCCGCACAAACACAAGUAGAAAAUGUAAGCACGAAUUCCCCCAGUUGUGUUGCCCGUCUUUUUCAUCUUGGGCACGAGUAUUGUUUCACAGCACUCUUGUACCAACUUUUACUGCCUAUGUAUGAAAAUUCUAGUCUUAGCAAUACAUGGAAGAUCAUCGUAGGGAUUUGCCACCAUGUUGAUUGAUGAGAACGUAUGCGACGUGUUCAUAUUGCUACCAUACCUACGAAACAGAUCUGAAUAUCCUCUCUAUUGGUGAAGAAUGUUUCUCUAGGUCACCAUGUAGACAGCAGAAACUGUAACAGAUUGAAACAUUUAAUGCAAAUCUGAGGCAUGAUGUGAGCUCAGACUUACUUAUAGGUCCUAUGUCAAUCGUUCAUUGUUGCUUACUGUGCCUAUCUCAUACAGAGGGCUCAUCUUUCUUAUGAUUUCUGUUUGCCUGCACAGUAGGGAACCCUUUCUUGUGCUUUUUGUUAUGCUUGUAAUGGCCUUAUUACACAUUAACGAGGUGUGUGAUCAAGCACAAGCUUGAACAACAUUCCUUUAUUGUGUAGUAUGUGAUGGUGCAAACAACAGCAAAUAUUCAAUUACUGUGGUGAAUGGCUUGUGUAAAGGACAGCUUUCUCUUUCAACCAUUUGCUAAAGUGAACAUAGUUUAAGCUCUCCUAUUAGAUAAUGCUGAAGAAAAUGGUGCCAAGAUAUAAUGUGCACACAUACAAACGUUAAAGUUUUACGAGUUGCGUAAUAUUUUACAUGGCUCUAAUGCAAUAUUUCGCUUUGUAUAUGAUUUCCUUUGUGCUUGGGGCAUGGUAAAAAUUUAUGAUGCACUACUGCCUUACGGCCACCUAAAAGUGUAGGCCUAUACAAAGCCGAAUGAUUCUGAGACCAAGAAUAGCUAGUGCUGAAUCACAAGUAAUUAUCUGCAAUCUCCACUGAUAGCAACUAGAAUAUUAUAGGUAAGAAACAUAGGUAUUUUAGUAUGAUAGCUGCAUUAUGUCAUAUAUUACAAUGCAACUUGUAGCGCAAAGAUAUGUUGAAAUUAUUAUUAAAAUGUAGACGUCAGUAAUGAAGUGCUCUGCAACUAUUUUUCAAUGUUACCUGAUCAUUACCUUGUACUAUUAUCAAACUAGUGCCUGUAAAAAUAUUACUCGCCACUGCUGAUGCUAUGCACACUUCUUACCCCAGCCAGCUUUUGGAAAUGUGUCUCAUUUAUGUAAUUUUAUUGCGUAUAAUAUUGGAAUAUGAUGCAGUGUUCAUUAUUACUGGCCAUAUUUGCUCAAGGCUCACAACACACAUCUGUGCUGUGAUCAUUGAUUGGCAUAGUGGUCAGCUAGUGAAACGAUGUGCACAUUUCGUUGUUACUUCGGAAAUGGUUGUACCAAUGAGCGUGAGAAGUGGAAGGUUGGUUUGAGGAGAGUUCAGUUUUUCUAGUUGCUGACCUGUUCUGCAUUGUGCAACUUUUUACGGAACAUUUUACAAAAAAGUGCUUACUUUUUGCGUACAAUUGUUUGGCAAGGUCGUGCACAGUCUGACUGCAGCUUUAGCUUGUGCCUUUUUCUGUCACGAAAGAUGGUGAUCGAAUUUGAUGAUCUGCCACUCCAUGCAAGGGCGAUUCGUGCUGUUAUAGCAGUACUAAAAAAAAGUAGUACAACAGCCAGUAAUGGUGCAUUUUCUUCUGCACCUUUUCCUUCUUGCACUGUUGGUUUCCUAACCUUAGGCAUCUGCCUGUGGCAUCAAAGCAGGCACAAUUAUUUGCCAUUAAGAUGAAUGAAGGCAUAAUUUAGGGCACAUAUAUAGAUGACAAUAGUGUUUUCCACGAAAGCAAAGAACCCUGCUCACUUUGAAAAUGGCCUAACCUGGAUUAAUACCUUUUUUUGCAAAGACUACACAUUUCAGCACUAUGCAAAUGGAACGAGAUGCUAUUAGAUAGUUGACGGGAAUUUGGAGUGCAAGAAACACACAUUCGCGCACUUCGCGACACGGGGUGUGUGUCGAGUUGGCGAGUGGCCAGGAGAGGCAGUACGUGUCAUCGAGACAGCCUCGCCUCGCGACUCCAACGAUCAACACGACGACGCUGCGUGCUAGACCCAGCAAGCAACCAUUAAAGAAUGAAUUGGUGUUCUUAUGAGCAUUGCAUAUUUUGUUGAUAGCUACUCGAGAAAAAACUGGAACUAACUUAAGUUAGUAGAAAGUAGCACCCGCCCUGUCUUGUGAAUCUGUUUUUGCGCUCGAAAUUCCUGUCAACUGUGCACCAUCUCGCCGAAUUUCACGUUUUAUUAAAGCUAUUUAGGUCGUUUGUACUAAGCAAAAGGAUGACUGCCAGUUGGGCAGGUUGGUAAAGAUUCAUGAUGAAACAAGCGCUAAAAAUUUUCAGUUGCUAGUAAGCGCUUGUCUGUGUCCUCUCUGAGUGUGUGUAUUUUUAGCGCUUGUUUCAUCAUGAAGCCAAAGGAGCCUGCAUUUAUGAUGGAGCAAUCGUUUUACCGCUGGUGAUGCCUUCAGCCUUUUUGGGGUCUGUGACAGGCAUUACUUAUUCUAUAGUGAGCAUUUUUAGAAAAGCGAUGCACUGUUUCUUUUGCAAAUUAUUAGAAGCCCCAGUGACACUCGGGACACAUUACUUAUUCUACAUUACUUAUUCUACAGUGAGCAUUUUUAGAAAACUGAUGCACUGUUUCUUUUGCAAAUUAUUAGAAGCCCCAGUGACACUCGGGACACAGAGGCAGCUGAAGCUGUUGAGGCUGGCUGGAACAAGUUUUAAGACUCACAGUAGCACCCCCAUGCGAAAUGCGAGCACAGUUUGCGCUUCCUAUCAAUACUACGAUCACCUUGUCGACACUUUACUGAAUGGCAUAAGUGCUAGAGAGCGAUUGCCACUAUGUCAAGACAUGCAUCUGAAGAAGUUACAAGCCGUUAUUAGUGACCACUGUUUUUAAGGAUACUCUUCAACCUUGUAAACAAUGGACAUAGUGAAUCAGUCUUCGAGUGUUUAUCACUGAUAUUACGUGCGUAACAAAUAGGUUACGGCAAAUGUCAUAAUUCGUUAUAGCGGGUUUCCGUCAUAUAGUAUACUUGCGACCAGUCCCUAUCGCAACAUAUAUUCAUUCUGUUGAAGGGACCUGUGGUCAGAAUGUUUCAUCUGUGAGCUCCUGCUAAGGUAAACAGCAGAAGAGUUUGUGUGUACUAAGUUAAGUAUCUUUUUACCUCCUCCAAGUUUUAUGCACCUUUGGCCACUUUGAAUGGCCAACGUAGUUGCGUUUGUCAUACUCAAUUACACAUCAGUGCAAUCGUCUCCGUAAGGCUGCUUUGUGGGUGCAAUGUAUUGAUAGCAAAUGGCAACCAAGAGAGCAUUUCUUUCUACCACGCUACACAAUUGAAGUAGCUUAUUUAUCAAAUACUAUGAGAGCUUACUGUGCCUUGAGAUUCCCAGUGCGAUGCUUCUUGGUAUUUACUCGUACCAAUCUGAAACGGUUCUAGCAGGGCAUGGAAAGUCGGAAUUUGUGCAGCCUUGUUUCGCUGGCGCAGGCACAACAUGACAUUAAAAUCACACCAUGAAAUGCUGCCAUGGUGCGAGGCAUCUUAUCUUGCAUGCUACCCAUGUAAAUUGAGGUUUUGAGCCACAUUUCUGGUUGUUUACGAGGUCCAAGUAAUGCAUUGCCAAUUUGCACAAAAGCCUUUGCACUAGGCUGCUACUGCAGGAGGCAGGGUGUAGGGCAAUCGUGAGCCAGCUGUGCCCGUUUCUGGCACCUCUGCAAACAAACGUCGUGGUUCAGAGGUCUCCAGUGUUGCAACCUCGAGUGUGUACGAAUGCAGCACGUCAUAGACUAGUUCAGGUGUUGCGGCUGAAUCGGACAGGCUUUCUUAAGCCGCUUGAUGAACUGCACUUGCAAGUCUUCCUCAUUGUGUUUGCAUGUUGACCGUAGACCAAUGACUCGGCCUUGCAGCCUGUGUAUCAAGACUGGAGGAGGGGGUGGCGACUGAAGAUGUUCGUCGUCGUUGCCGCCAUUUGAUUGAUUAAGAAACCAGACUUAGUAGUGUGAUGUGUUGACUGGGCAGUGUUUGAUUUCAUUACUAUUUCCACUGCUUUCUUACUAUUUAUCACAUUCAGAAUGACCCAUAUUAUGCAGUAUGUGCUCUGUUCUCUCUAGUCAAGUUUGUCAGUUAAACAGCACAGUUGUCUCAUGUGCUAAAUGUGUGGUUGAAUUAUAUCCUGGAACAAAAGCUCCUCGUGGCAGCGUUUUGCAUGUCGAACCUAUUUAAACUUUAGCUGUAGACCUAUAGCUAGAUAAACAUUUGGUGCCUUUUUGGAAGAGGCUAGUAGGCAGGCCUCCAACUUUGCAAAUCCUGUAAAGUGUGCGGGCUAAGUGUUUUGAGUGGUCGUUGUAUGGGUGACAUACAAACAAGGCCAAUGAACAGAUGUGCAAAUGAUAGCAGGCAUGUUUAUAAAGAUUGUGACCACACUCGCCUGCUCGUGGUGAAAAAAUGAUUGUGACACCUCGCGGCCGUUGUACGGUUGCCGUAUAGACAGGUGAUGUUGAAAAAAAAAAAUUAUGCAUUCACUGUUCAGAAAGCGUCACUUCUUGCUGUCAGUCACUAUGCAACCUGACAGGCAAAAUAUUGGAAAAGUCACUACUGUGUGCUUCACAGACUUGCACAUAUGGAUCUCCCUGUCACUUUGCAACAAUGUGCAAUGCUUGAAAGCUUUGUGCCAAAGUUCGUGUCGUUUCUCUUUGCCUAGUCUUCGAUGUGGCAUGCACGUGACCUCUCCUCUUAUGCCUUGGAGAUAUGCAUUUGUUUUCGUGGUUGUGUUGAUGCUCAUUUGAAAUAAAGGUUUUUCAGAUUUAUGAAAAUUAUAACUGCACUGAAAAUGAGACACGGGAACAAAGUGGACAGGACGAUCGCAGCAUGAUCGCCCUGUUCACUUCAUUCUCAUGUGCUGUCAUAAUUUUCCUAAAUGUCUUACCAACUAGCCCCCCAUCAUACGCUUCUCGAGUUUUUCAGAUUGCCUUGGUGCUGUGCAGGCAUUGUUCGAUGCAGCACAGGGAAACUUGGCAACAGGGCCUAAGAGAUGUACGUAUGGCAACUCAACUGAAAUAAAAAAGGACUUGCCUAAA